CACCUCCGCUCCUUCUUCUCAUCUCGCCUCCUUCCCUGCCGCCGCCGCGCCGCCUGCUUCCGUCUGACUCCCUUCUCCACUGCGCGGCGCCGCACUCUCCACACUCGGCACACGCCGUCUCUGCUCGCGGCUGCACGCACACGCUCCUCACGCCUCUUGCGCACGUCCCGCCGCGUCGUGCUCGCGGCCGCCGCCUGCCGCACGCGCCGCGCAUCGCACACGCGCACCCCUCAUCUCGCACAGCUCUUCCCCGACUGGCGCUCUCGCACCGGCGAUGGCCGCCGUCGCGUCUCCCUCGGCCCUCGCGGCGGCGCCCUCGGCGUACCGGCGCUGGGAGCCGCUGGCCAAGAUUCUGUAUGGCUUCUGCAUCUCGCCCUUUGCGCCCGAGCUCGAGCAGCUCGAGCUGCCCGCAGAGCUGCUCGACGAGGGCUCGCACGCGUCGCUGGCGGCCAUCCAGGCGCACCUCAUCGGCCUCGAGGUCGGCGACGAGGUGUACGUGUUCGAGCAGCUGGGCCACAGCGAUGUCGCCUGGUUCCGCGGCUACGUCGUGUCCAGCACACGCGUGCCCAUGCCGGCGACGAGCACGAGCAGCCGCAGCGAGUACUCGACCUUUCCCGGCUCGCAGGCGCGCGGCGGCGCCGCACUCGUCGAGGAGCCGCAGGUGUACGUGGGCAUCUUCCCGGCCGUGCACGUGCACAUCCGCGAGCACCUCGACGACGCCGAGCUGCGCCUGCAGGAGGUGCACGCGCGGGCCGUCGAGCAGGGCGUCGUAGGCGCCACUGCGCCGCCGCCCGGCUCGAAGCUCGCGGGCCAGAAGCACAUGGAGACGCUGCACGAGGAGGACGAGGGCGCCGCGAGCGCGCCCAACAGCCCCAUCGGCCCUGCACAGGCCCGCGCCCAGGCCAACAGGUCGCCCUUCCGGCUACAGGAGCCUCUCGACGCGCCGGGCGAGGCAGAGGUCGAGCGCCCGCCGCCGCCACUGCCGAGCCUCAAGUGCGGCGACGAGACGGCGAGCGGCUCAGACGAGCCGCUGGUGGACGAAAUCGCGUGCGCACUGCGGGAGUGGAGCAGCCUCAUGUACGUCUAUCUCGGGCGGCGCGACUACGUGCUCUUCAACGCGGUCAAGGAGCACAUCGAGGUGCUGCACGCUGCGCGGCGCCAGCUCCUGGCGCAGACGCUCAGCGUCGAGGAGGUCGCCAAGCUGCGCCGCGAGUGCGUUGCGCGCCUCGUCAAGGGCAACGUGGCGCAGGGCCUCGAUGUCAUUGUGCGGCAUCCGGGCCGCGGCGGCCUCGUCGACGUCGACUUCACCGGCAAGGAGAGCGACCCCGAGAGCUGGGUGAGCGGCAUCCGGCUCUUCGCGCUGCAGGCCAGCCUCGCGUACGUCGACCAGCUGGACGCCGCGUCGUCCGGCGGCAGCGCGCAGGGCGGCCUCGAGAUCUCGGCCAGCAACGCAUUUGGCAUUACAGCGCCUUCGACGACGUCGGCUGGCGUGCUGGGCGCCCCGAGCAGCUUCGCAGGCGCGCUGAGCGUGACCGGCAAGCGAAGCGCCGGCAACCGGCAGAGCACCAUGUCGGGGCCGCCGCGGGCGCGGGCGAGCCUGCUGGACCCCGGCAGGCUGGACGAGCAGGUCGAGAGCGGCGUCAAGUACUUUCACGUCUAUCUCGACGUGCGCGCCUUCGUGGCCAGCCCGUGUGCGCCGGGCGAGACGGCCGAGCUGUACUUCUCGCUGUACAACAAGGCCGAGGCGCGCUUCCUGACCGAGGAGUUCUGCGUGGUGCUCAAUCACCAGGGCGUGCCCGCACCCGAGUCCGAGGGGCGCAUCGGCAAGAUGCGCACGCUCUUCACGGACCUGAGUCCGAACGACAUGCAGGACCUCAACGUCGUGUGCCGCAUCGUGCGCAAUGGCGCCAUGCGGCUGGGCGCCGCUGCAGAUGUGGGCCGAGAGACUGCCACUACUUCGCUGCCCGACAUCGACACGGAGAGCGACGGGCUCCGUGGCGGCGCGCCGGGCUUCCGGCCCUCGCGCAUGGCCGGCGACCGCACCUUCCGGCGGCCGUUUGGCUGCGCUGCGCUCGAGCUGGGCCAGGACCACAAGUUCCAGACGGACGUGGCGUCCAGCAGUCCGAUGCGCGAGCAUGUCAUGCCCAUCUUCUGCCCCUACAACGAGGCGGCCUUCAGCACGCUGCACCAGGACAUCAUCGCCUCGCGCAUCAAGGAGUUUGAGAAGUCGUCGCGCGCCGAGCUGCUCGCCGUCAACGUCAAGGUGCUGCACGGCGAGACGGCCACGCUGCUGCGCGAGAACCCCAGCCUGCUGCAGGACGCGCCGCUCACUGCGCGCCUCGGCUUUCCCGACGUCGUCUUUCCCGGCGACACGCGCAACGAGGCGUACGUCAAGCUCUGGAGCGGCGAGUUCUUCCCCACGAGCACCAAGAUUCCCGGCGGCUCGACGCAGAAGAACAUUCAGGUCUCUGCCGAGAUCCGCACGCGCGACGGCAGCGUGCUGGAGCGCGUCAUCUCGCGCGGCGCCGGCGAGGCGCUCGUCACGCAGUUCGACUCGACGGUCUUCUACCACCAGAACGCGCCCACGUGGGGCGAGCUGCUGAAGCUCGAGCUGCCGCGUGAGGUCAUGGAGAGCUGCCACAUGUUCUUCACGUUCCGGCACCGCAGCUCGAAGGAGGAGAAGGGCCUGCCGACCGUGUCGUCGCCUACGCGCGAGUCGGCCAACGGUGGCACAUCCUCCUUCGCCGGCUCGUCGAACAGCGGCCCGGCGGUGGUGAACGCGCCGUUUGCAUACGCCUACCUGCCGCUCUUUGAGGCAAACGCCGCAUUCAUCCCCGACGGCAGCCACACGCUGCUGCUCUGGCGCAGCUCGCGGCCGGCGCAGCACCUGAGCCCGGAGCUGUACUUUACGCUGCCGCCGACGAUCGCGCCGGGCCGCAGCCUCUCCGACCUCGUGCCGGCGAGUUUGGCGUCGGUGAUCCAGCCGCUGCGCGACACGAUGACGCUGCGCACCUUCCUCGUGUCUACACGCUACACGCAGAACGAGGUGCUGCUGAAGCUGCUGCACUGGGAGAAGGUGCUGACGCAGGACCUCGACGAGCUCAAGAGCGUGCUGGUCAAGUUCACCUUUGUCGGCGAGGUCGAGAUCGUCAAGUUCCUGCGCGACAUCUUCGACGCGCUCUUCGCAAUCGUCGUGAGCCCCAAGAACGGCGACGGCGAGCUCGACGAUCUCGUCUUCAACGCGCUCGUCACGGUGCUGGGCAUUGUGCAAGACCGGCGGUUCAACAACUUCCGCGCCACGCUCGACAUCUACAUCGAGCAGCACUUCCACUCGCAGACGGCCUACACGCGGCUCAUGGCCUCCAUGUCGCGCCUGCUCGCCGAUCCCAGCCGCACCGACACGUCCAAGGAUCUGCGCGCCGCCAUCAAGGUCUGGCCGUACCUCUUCAAGUUCAUCGUGCGCUCGCGCCAGAACCAGGAGCAGGGCAAGGACGACCGCGUCAUCAGCACGCCGGGCGGCGCCGUGAGCGACCACUUCGAGACGAGCUUCAAGCGCGAUUUGGAGAAUCUACUGCGCUCCAUCAACCGGCUCAUGUCGGCGACCAAGCCGGCGUCCAUCGUCGGCACGCAGACGCUGGCGCUGCAGCACUUUGCCGGCAUCCUGCCGUUCCUGGCGCGCGUCUUCCCCGCCGACGAGCUCGUGCGCAUCGAGACUGCCUUUGCCGACUCGCUCUUCAUCACCAAGGGCCGCAUGGUCGUCUGGAAGCUCCUGCACGUGCUGCACGUCAUUGGCACGGAGAUCUUCGAUGACCUCAACUCGCGCUCGCAGCUGGUGCCGAGCAUCAUCCGCUGGGUGCGGCCGCACCUUGGGCGCUACGAGGAGGCAGGCGGCGCCGGAGACCACGAGGGCGCGCGCGACGCAGCCCGUGUGGCCUGGAUCGAGGGCGCCCGUCUGGCCGUCACGAUUAUUGCCGUGGUGCUCGAUCGCCUGCAGGUCAGUCUGGCAGAGGGCCGCAAGGCCGGCGCCAGCUCGGCGGCUGCUGUGCGCCAGGAGCAGGACAACGUCGACUACAUCCUGUCGACGAUGCCAGCGCUGCUUGAGACGUACCGCGAGCUGAGCAGCGCGGAAGUGGCAAGCACGUUGGAGCGCCACCGCUCUCCGUCUACGCUCGCUUCCGCCGUGCCAGUCAUGUUCCCAUCGAGCUACCCAUUCCCGCUCAUCGCCAAGCGGCCAGCUGGGAUCCCAAGCUCCGCUGGUACGCGCUCCUCUCGCCGGCGGAACAAGCCUGCGAGCUAUGGGUUCCUGAACUGCGGCCUCGGCGAGAUCGCUGCUGUGCUCACUGUGCUCGUGAUGCUGAGCCCGCGUCGGCAUCUGGCAAGCUUCCUCGACGAGCAGCUCGACCUCGAAGGGCCCGAGACGCUGGCGGUCUUCCUUGGCAACUUCUUCUCGGUCGCCACGAGCAUUCUGCUCAACGAGGCCUAUCCGUCGACGUGGCUGAACGUCAACAUCCUGGCGCACCAGAUGGUGCUCAAGAUCGCCGACCCGCUCGCCGCGCUGAUGGUGCGCGACUUCAUCCCGGCGGCGGACCAGUCGCACACGUUCAACACGGCGCUGUGGCGCGGCGGACUCAACAUGCUCCUGACGCUGCUCUCGAGCGAGCAGCUCAUCAUCGAGCAGUUCAAGCCGCAGCGCCGGCGAGCCGUGUGGCGCCUCGCAGGCGACAUCCGCGGCGAGGGCGCCCAGAUCUUUGCCAAGCUGUGGAACUCCAUUGGCUGGCCGGAUAGCCCGGGCAACGCCGCAAGCUCAGAGUCUGCCAACGGCGAGGCGAGCACGCUCAACACCGGCGGCUUCCAGGUGCAAUUCGUGCCCUCGCUCGUCGAGCCGGUGCUCGAGCUGUGUCUGAGCCACCAUGACGAGCUGCGCACCUGCGCCGUGCGUGUGCUGGCGACCAUGAUUACGUCGGAGUGGCACCUCAACGGCGACUUCAGCGUCAUCGAGGCCGAGAUCAUCGACAAGCUCGACGUGCUCUUCGUGACGGACACGCAAGGCGAUGAGAUCUCGCGCGCCUUCUUCAUCGGCCAGCUGCGCUCGCUCUUCGAGAGCCCCCUGGUGGACGAGAAGCUGCGCGAGCAGGUGCUGGCAUGCCUCGUGUCCGUCAACCGCUUCCUGGACCUGCUGCUGAGCGUGCGGAGCUUGCCGUCCGAGGAAGGCUUCGAGGACGACCGCGUGGCCGGCACCCUGAAGCUGCUGGGCUUCCUGCGGCAGGCCAACCGGGUCACUGCCUUCUCCACGCAUGUGCUCCGCCUUGUCAACCUGCACUUGGAGAACCACAACUACGUCGAGGCCGCUCUCACUCUCAAGUUGCACGCCGACCUGCACUCGUGGGACAUGGACUCGUAUGUGGAGCCGAUUCCGGACCUGGACCUGCCGCGGCAGUCGCACUUCGCGCGCAAGGAGACGCUGUACAUGCUCAUCCUCGACUACCUCGGCAAGGGCAGCGCGUGGGAGAUCUCAAUCGACAUCUGCCGCGAGCUCGUGCACCAGUACGAGUACCGGUCUGUGGACUACACGCGCCUCGCAGACGUGCUGCGCCUGCAGGCAUCGCUCUACGAGUACAUCGCCACCGUCGAGCGCACGUACCCGAGCUACUUCCGCGUGGCGUACUACGGCGAGCAGUGGCCCGCCAGCCUGCAGGGCAAGAUGUUCGUCUACCGCGGCCAGGACUGGGAGAAGUUCGGCGCCUUCUGCGAGCGCCUGCACCAGAAGCACCCCAAGGCCACGCUCAUCAAGAGCAACGUCACGCCCGACGACAGCGUGCGCUUCGGCGACGACAUGUACCUGCAGAUCACCGCCCUGCAGCCCGAGCCCGACCGCACCAAGGACGUCUUCACGAACGCCGAGGUGCCGCCGAUCAUCCGCGCGUACUUCGAGCACAACACCACGGACCUGUUCAGCUACGCGCGGCCGAUGCGCAAGCUCGCCGACGGCAGCCUGGCGCCGCCGACGAGCACGAGCGCCGAUCCGUCGCAGCUCUGGGUAGAGAAGACGUACCUGCGCUGCGAGGACCAGUUCCCAACCGUGCUGCGGCGGAGCCACGUGGCCGAGGCGUGGAGCGUCGAGCUGUCGCCGCUGCAGAACGCCAUCGACGAUGCAGUGAGCAAGACCAAGGAGCUCGAGACGCUCGAGAAGAAGUACGCGGCCAUCUACCGCGUCGGCUCGUCCGGCAAGGGCGCCAACACGAACCGCCUGAGCAUGGCACUCAACGGCGCCGUCGAUGCGCCGGUGAACGGCGGCAUUCCGAUGUACAAGCGUGCAUUCUUCAGCCCGUCAUUCGUCAGCCAGAACAGCGACAAGGAGGAGCUGAUCCACGGGCUGCGCGACGCCAUCGACGCGCAGGCCGUGGUGAUCCACCGCUGCAUCCGCCUGCACGAGCGCAUGUGUCCGGCCGAGAUGCGGCCGUUCCACGAGACGCUCGAGCGCUUCUUCACGCAGAACUUCAGCGAGGAGAUUGCGCGCCUCGAGCUCGACAUGUCGCGGACAAGCGACGACGCCUACCGUGCGUCCAUCGGCAGCAAGAGCAUGAGCGUGGAUGGCCCGGCCACGUCGCUCGCUCCCGUAGGCAUGCACGGCCUGCUGCUGGACCAGAACCCGUCGCACACGUAUGCGCUCGACGCCAACAGCCGCUUGCAGCGGAGGCCGUAUGAGCCCGAGGGCCACUCGUUGCAGAGCCCACUGCAGCGCCACAUCUCAUCUCUGUCCAAGCAGCCGCAGCCGAUGCGGAAACAGCUCUCAGACGCUGCGCAGGCCAACGGCGUGGAGCAGAGCCGCACAGCCGCCGGCGAGUCCGGCAUCGGCGGCGCCCCGAUCCAGUCUCUCCCCAGCGGUGGACUCGACGCCGGCGCGUCCGACUCGCUGCUGGCGCCGCGCUCGGCCGCCGGUGCGCCAUCCUCGGGCGCCUCGCGCUACGAGGCGUCGAUUCUCACCGAGAACGGCACUGCGCAGCCGCAGCCGGCGCUGCAGCGGCAGCCGUCGCGCUUCAGCCGCCUCCUUGGAAAGAGCGCGAAGCGAUGAGACGCCGCACCCUCCUUACCCUGCCUGCCUCUGCUCCUCUCUCUCUGCCCAAACCCCCCAUACCCCGUGCCGCAAUCAGACUUGCUUCAUUGCGAGAAGUGCCCGUUG